UUGCGCCGCUGGAUCAGCCCUAGGGGAUCACCCCAUAUUGGGGCUCCACUCUAGCAGGCCAGCAGCACAUCACCUUGGCGUCUGCAGAGGAAUGAGGGUUUCCCUGUGGAAAGCAAGAUACAAAGGCUCAAGGAGACCACAGAGUCCCUGGCAUGCUUGGGAUAGGAUGAAGGGAUCGAGGAGCUCUGGCCUUGGUGCCCAGGAACCUUCCCGGUUCCCCGGGAGAACACAGCCUAGGAGCCCGGCUGGGUGCAUGGGGGCAGCGCCCUCUAGGCAGCGGAAGUGGUGCUGGCUGUACAUCCGUCCCCGCCUCGUAGAGUUAGAAGACUGGCUGGUGCGGGGGAAAAAUGCAAGGGAAAAGUCUUUGCAUCAGGUAAAGCGAGCUGUGGGGCUCCGGGAGCAGCGCCCCAAGGUCUGGGGCCAUGAACGCCAGUGGAGAGACAGACAGCUUCUCUGGAUCAGUGCAAAUCCCAGGAGGCACCACAGUGCUGGUAGAGCUGACACCGGACAUCCACAUCUGUGGCCUCUGUAAGCAGCAGUUCAGCAACCUGGAUGCCUUUGUAGCCCACAAGCAGAGUGGCUGCCAGCUGACCACCACACCUGUGACAGCCCCCAGCACGGUCCAGUUUGUGUCAGAGGAGACAGUGCCUGCCACUCAGUCCCAGACCACCACAACGACCAUCAGUUCAGAGACUCAGACUAUCACAGUUUCAGCUCCAGAGUUCGUCUUUGAACAUGGCUACCAAACGUACCUGCCCACGGAAAGCAAUGAUAACCAGACAGCCACCGUGAUUGCUCUCCCAGCCAAGUCACGAACCAAAAAGCCCACAGCGCCCUCAGCUCAGAAGAGACUCGGCUGCUGCUAUCCCGGUUGCCAGUUCAAGACUGCCUAUGGCAUGAAGGACAUGGAGCGACACCUGAAGAUCCACACUGGUGACAAACCCCACAAGUGCGAGGUGUGCGGGAAGUGCUUCAGCCGGAAGGACAAGCUGAAGACGCACAUGCGCUGCCACACGGGCGUCAAGCCCUACAAGUGCAAGACGUGCGACUACGCGGCAGCCGACAGCAGCAGCCUCAACAAACACCUGCGCAUCCACUCGGACGAGCGACCCUUCAAGUGCCAGAUCUGUCCCUACGCCAGCCGCAACUCCAGCCAGCUCACCGUGCACCUGCGCUCGCACACAGCCUCUGCGCUCGACAAUGAUGUCCAGAAACCAGCAGACCUCCCUGCUGAAGACAGCGAUGCCCAGCUGGCCCCUGCAGUCGCUCUGCCCUCAGAAGCAAAGGAGCGAACGGCCACCCUUGGAGAAAGGACUUUUAACUGCUGCUAUCCAGGUUGUCAUUUUAAAACGGUUCAUGGCAUGAAAGAUUUGGACCGUCAUCUAAGAAUCCACACAGGUGACAAGCCGCACAAGUGUGAGUUCUGUGACAAAUGCUUCAGCCGGAAGGACAACCUGACCAUGCACAUGCGCUGCCACACAAGCGUGAAGCCACACAAGUGCCACCUGUGUGACUACGCAGCUGUGGACAGCAGCAGCCUCAAGAAGCACCUGCGCAUCCACUCAGAUGAGCGGCCAUACAAGUGCCAGCUCUGUCCCUACGCCAGCCGCAACUCCAGCCAGCUUACAGUGCACCUGCGCUCACACACAGGGGACACCCCCUUCCAGUGCUGGCUCUGUAGCGCCAAGUUCAAAAUCAGCUCGGACUUGAAGCGGCACAUGAUCGUGCACUCGGGAGAGAAGCCUUUCAAAUGCGAGUUCUGUGACGUCCGUUGCACCAUGAAGGCGAACCUCAAGUCCCACAUCCGUAUCAAGCACACCUUCAAGUGUCUGCACUGUGCCUUCCAGGGACGGGACCGGGCCGACCUGCUAGAGCACAGUCGUCUGCAUCAGGCCGACCAUCCUGAGAAAUGCCCCGAAUGUAGCUACUCCUGUUCCAGCCCAGCCGCCCUGCGCGUACACAGCCGAGUCCACUGCAAGGACCGGCCCUUCAAAUGUGACUUCUGCAGCUUUGAUACAAAGCGGCCCAGCAGCCUGGCCAAACACAUCGACAAGGUGCACAGGGAAGGCGCCGUCAAGACAGAGAACAGGGCCCCGCAGGGCAAGGAUGGGCCUGGGGAGAGCGGCCCCCACCACGUGGCCAACAUCGUCACCCAGAGGGCCUUCGGAUGUGACAAGUGUGGUGCUUCCUUUGUCAGGGAUGACUCUCUGAGGUGCCAUCGGAAGCAGCACAGUGACUGGGGCGAGAACAGGAACUCGAACCUGGUCACUUUCCCCUCAGAAGGCGUUGCUUCAGGACAGCUUGGCCCCCUGGUCUCUGUGGGGCAGAUAGAGAGCACUCUGGAGCCCAGCCAUGACCUCUAAAGAAGGAAGCAUGGGCAGUCUCUCAGGAAUCUGAGCAAGGCCGAUGCCAGCCCUUCACGGGGACACCAUAGGGGGAGGACCUUGCCUUCUCUUCCAGAGCUGGCAGCUCGGUCCUCCCCAGCCUCCAGCAGCGGAGCGGCUAACCCACGAGGGCAUCGGUGUCAACACAAGGCUAUAGGGAUGCUUGCCCACAGCUCAGUUCCCUCUCUGCAAGCAUUCCCUGAGCACGCUGUGGCCUCGGCCAUCCAAAAGUGAGGACCACUAAGCACAACUCUACCCCCAUGGGGAAAAUCACUGUAUGUGAGUUGAGAUUGGAAAACUGACUCGUCUCUGGAGGAGUUAUUAAACUGACAUGCCCACCACACUGCAUGUGAACUGAGCUGUGUGGGGGCAGAAAGGAGCCCGUGCUCUGUCAGGGUUUGCAGUAAAAUCCUGUCUUAACCUGGGUAGUGACUGCUAGUAUUAGCCUUAUAUAUUUGUGUCGUUUCUUUUCUCUGGUUUUGUUGUUUUUGUUUUUUUGUUUUUCAAUAAAAAAGCAAAUGUCUCUCUGGAGGGA